CCGGCAGUGGUAUCCAUUGGGUCGCCAUUGUCCAUUGUCCAGAUGAUACGGAGCCUCACAGAUUCGAGAUCUCCUCCAGACGCGUUUUUCGCAUCAAGUACGAGCCGAAUAGUCGGAUUGGUAAAAUGCUGCCAUUCUGAGCCAGUCGAAGUGGGGUAGGACCGGGAAUAUUUCUGAAGGGUAAAGGUCGAGGUUGCGGUCGUUGAGGUAGACAUGAGCGCAGUUGUUUAUCCUUGUUGCCGCUCUUCUUACCUUCUCCCCUUCCAUGGCGUCGCCAAAAUGGCCUCCAAGACUUAUGAAAACCGUCAUGAAAUCCUACCGUGUUCGAAUACCCAAGUAUGAUAUGCCAAUACGGCUACGUCCUUAUUUCUUUGUCUUUACGUGUAUCAUCAUGGUAUCACUUGCUUUGCUUGGAUUCACCAACUUCUCGAGAGCAUUGCCUUUGAACGAUAAAUUAUUGCAUUUCCUUUGCUUUUGCAUAGCGACGGGCGUUUUCUACUUUAUCUUUGAUGUCGAAGAAGAUGCAAGGCGCAUAUGGUUCUGGAGGCAUUCGGGACUGAUUUUCACAGCUAUUGUGUGUUUCUUUUGUGGCGGAAUCCUUAGUGAAGUUGUCCAAUCUCUGCUACCCUACAAGGAGUUCCAGCUUGGAGAUGUUGUCGCCAAUCUACUCGGUUCUUCCCUCGGACUCUGGUCGGCGUAUUACAUGGAAAAGUACUACCGCCAUCGAAGAGAGAUCGCCCGUUUGUAUCGUCCUCUCGAUACGGAACCUCUGUCAGACGAGGACGACGAAGACCCGCUGAGAGGGACCCAGCUCCUUCCGACCCAUAAUGCCCAGACCACCAAAGGAAGCAAGCCAACGGCACGUAUGACGGAUGUUUGGGAUGAGCAAGAGGAGCUAUUUGGGAUCGGAGAUGACAGUGAUGAUGAUGAACAACCUUCACGAGGGACUGGCGCUGGCGCUCAACCGGGAAAUACAGUUGUCCCAAAAAUACUUGUCACGCCCUCAUAGCCAUCUAUCGAAUGUAUGGGUAAAUUAUUGGUUCUUGGAUGGACCCCACAAUUAAUUGUAAUUGGCACAACAGUUAUAGAUUAUCUUUGGAUCGGGAAUCUAUGGUUUUUAGGUCGCU